UGUGGAGAAAUCGGACCUUGGUCGAUACAACUGUUCCGUUCGUAAUCUACAACGAGAAAGAAUCUUUGAAAUGGGCGCCAACAGCGGCUCGAAAGGUUUCGCAUUUUUCGCGGCAUUACUUCUUCUCAUCGAAACUGUCCACAGUCUACGAUGCUAUCAGUGCAUCAGCACAAACAACACGCAUCCCUUCCAAUGCAACGAAUUACUCUCGAGCGACAUCGAUAUCGAACCACAGCCUUGCGAUGCUGUUUUUGGUGCAAAAUACUGCGUGAAGCACACAGGCCGAUUUGAGGGUGGAAUAGGUACCAAACGAUUCUGUUCAGCGCUGGAUCUGGGAAACUAUUGCGAUUAUGUGAAACGACAGGGAGAUAAGUUGACUUAUCGAACUUGCAUCUUCACCUGCUCUGGCGACGGAUGCAAUCCAGCGACCACGUUCAGACCAACCAUCGCGUGGAUCGUACCGAUUGGAUCGUUAAUAGUUUAUAAAAUACUUUUCCAAAGAUAGACAUUUAGAGGGGAUUUCAUGACAGCUAUCAAGUAAAGACAAUUUUGAAUCUCGACUGGUAGGGUUAUGUCGUAAUUUUGUAAUGUAUAAAUCAAAGAUGGCCGGCACGAUUAGUUAUGAGCAUGACUCAUAACUAAAUUGCGGAUUUUAUGCAUUUAUAAUGCAUACAAUAAUAUAUAAAACAUACAUAAUGUAUGUUGAAUAUAUUUUACCAUUAAUAUAAUAAUGAUAUUUCAUUUUAUAUAAGUGCACAUACCUCUUGGUUAUGUUUAGCACGUGUUUAUUAUGUUAAUUUGUACCACAAAUGCAUAGAGUGAAUUGCUUUAUAAAGUAAUUUUGAUCCGUCCUAAUGUUCAUUAAUAUUAACUUUAUAUAUAUUUCAAGGGAGCAAUUUACACUUGACUAACAUUAUGAUAUUCGAGAAACGUUCGUGUGCCUUCUUUACCGCGAAACUUUAGCUUGUAAGGACUCGUAUGGGAUGAGUCAUGCUAUUGACAUGGCUUUAUAUCGUUAAAAAUACAACACAAUGGCGAAGGAAGAACUUGAAUUCUUCCUAUGAUCACAUUCUUUCCGUAAAUAAAACUAUCCGUCCGCAAAGUACAAUUGCAUAUUACUAACCAACUAAAAGUAAUAAAAUUUAUUAAAAGUAAUCGCAUCUUGCACAGAUAUGAAGAUCUGAUUUAACAUUUUUUACAGUAAGCGCGUUUACUGUAUAAGUUAUCUAACGUAGGCCAUCGGACCAAAUUAUGAUAAGUUAUCUUUUAUAUACAAUCGUUAAUAUUGUAGAGAAUUGUUUUUUACUAUUUUUUUUACAUAUAUAUACACUUUACCAGAGAUUUUUAUCGUUCAUAUUUGUAUAAUUUUGUACAGAGUAUGCACCCACAUACGCGAAAGUAUUUUUUACGCGUGUAAUCGAUUGCGUAGAAAUUAAGAAAAUAAUGUACUAUCUAUAUGAACCAUAAAACGACACAAAUGGGACUGAA